AUGUCGGAUAAUCAACCAUUUGCGUCCAGAGAAUUCGGCGACUUUGCCAAAGCAUACGAUUUCGAGCAAGUAACGAGCUCACCGAACUAUCCGCAGUCAAACGGCAAGAUAGAGAAUGCUGUGAAGACAGCAAAGCGUCUGAUGAAAAGAGCCAAAGAGUCGGGUAGUGACCCAUACUUGGCAUUGUUAGAUUGGAGAAACACUCCAAGGAGAUACUCAACAAAUAACCAGCACAGUGCGAAGGAGUUAACCGAGCUCCGCCCUGGAGAUAUUGUACGGCUACAGCCUACGACUGAAGUAGGAAAGAGAAAAGAGUGGACCCAUUCGAAGGUAGAAGAAAAGGUUGACAUCCGCUCCUACCAAGUGCGCACGGAAGACGGCCUAGUAUUUCGACGUAACAAAAGACACCUGCGUCGCACACCUGAAGUAAUGGUGCCACACGAAGAAUUGGUCAUGCCGCCCUCUGCACCUGUUACAAUCAAACAUGUGCCUGAAAAGGAAAACACGACUGCUCAAGAACCGCCACCUCCUUCUAAAGUAAAGCCCGCAGUUAUCGAGCAGCCAACCAGGAAGCCGUCAGGAAACUGCACAGCACAACCAGCACAACAAGCACCAGCUGCUCCAGCAGAGAUGCCAGAAAGUACACCGGGUGUAACGACGACUCGCUCAGGGGAAGUGGUGAAACCACCAGACCGCUUUAAGUGA